AUGUCGGUUCUAGCUCAGUCCUCUUCGAUUCCUACCUUACCGACCUAUGGGGAGUUGCCUGCACAGUUUUCAAGUGGUGGUAAUAUAGAGUGGGAGUUGAGGAAGAGUGGGGUUGCAGUGUUAAAAUGCGGGUUCCAGUUCCAGAGAGAUCAUUUCUGUCCUAGAUUUCCAACAUCAGCAACAGCACCAGCAGUAGCAGCACCAGCAGUAGCAGCAUCAGCACUAGCAGCAUCAGCACUAGCAGCAUCAGCACUAGCAACAUCAGCACUAGCAACAUCAGCACUAGCAACAUCAGCACUAGCAGCAUCAGCACUAGCAGCAUCAGCACUAGCAGCAUCAGCACUAGCAGCAGUAGAGACAUUUUUCGAUAUAAAAAAAACUAUGGAUUUACAAAAACUUAACGCUGUUGGCCGUAUGGAAAGCUUCCUACCUACCAAACCGCUAGCUGAAUUGACUCCAAAUGGGUUGUAUGCAGUGACUAAAAUAAAGCGAGUGCAGACCAAAUUCGGAGUCAGGAUUGUAGCAGAAUUGGAUGCUGCUUUCACAACAUUCCUGCCAGCAAGGUUUGCUCGGCUGUUUGAAGCUGAACCUACUUCCUAUACGAUGAUGAAAGAAGCCGCGCAGUCUCAAACAUUGUCAGCUCAAGGACAACACAACAUUAGUACAAACAUACCCUAUUUUAAAUGA